AUAUUGUUAUCAGUGCGAAGACUUAAAAGUAAGCUCGACGCUAGAAAAUUUUUAUUCUUUGAAUUUUAACUCGUUGUUCGCGUACGUUGAAAAACAGAAAAAAAAAGUGAAAACUUACGAUGUCGUUGCUGACUAAAACUGCUCUGAAAGCUGCUUCUUAUCCGAAAUUUCGGCCUGCUCCGCCACCCGAAUUGAUCAAAAAAAUUGUCGGAUUUUUAAACGAACGAUUGUCCACUCCUUUCGAUACAGCUGUUGAUGUGGGUUGCGGUAACGGAAAAAGUACCGAAGCGUUGUCUCCCUAUUUCAAAAAUGUGAUUGGAUUCGAUUCGAGUGAUUUGAAAGAUAUCUAUGCUCACAGACCUGGAGGAUUAUCGUACAACAUUAUUUACAGACAAGGCACAGCUGAAGGUAUAGGUUGCUUAGAUGACUCUGUUCAAUUGGUAACUGCGGCUCAAUGCGCUCACUGGUUCAAUUUGAAAAAAUUCUACUCCGAAGUCGAACGUGUACUUGCUCCCGGAGGAGUGCUGGCUAUUUACGGAUAUUCAUUGCCAAGCUGCGAAAAACCUUACGAUCAAAUUAACGGAAUCAUCGACGAGCUAAUGAACAAGAAACUGGCCGAAUUCAUGCCUCACCAAAGCAAAAACUUGUAUGUUCAUAAAUACCAGACGAAAGAUUUCGAUGAUUUUACUUUCAACAAAGAACCACUCAAAAGAGAUGAAGAUUCCUAUCUGAAAGUUAAAGGAUCGAUUUCUGAUUUGGUUAAUUACAUCAGAAGUACAGCUACGUUCCAAAAUUAUGAAAACACUUACGGCCAAUCAGCUGGUAAUAAGAUUUUGCAUCAACUCGAAGAUGACUUAAUACAAGCGGCCGGAAGUGAAAAUGCACAAAAAUCAGAUCUAAGUAUUAUUUUCAAUUUUGUAAUGGUUAUGGGAAGAAAACCAUUUUGAUCUCACAAACUUCGCAAAUUACAUUUAAGUCAUAUGUUAAUUAAUUUUAAGAUUAUGUUAAUUUUUUGUUAUUUAUUUUUUAAAGAAUUUAUUUGAUUUUAUUUUUUGUAUUUUGAAUUUGAUGAUGUAUGAGCGCGUAUUAUUUUAAAACGUUGACAUAAGAGAUUUUUUUUCAACAAUUUACGUAAUUAUUAUUAAUGUACCGAUAUAAGUCUUCGUUCAGAUUUUUUAAUUUGUGACAAUUGAAACUAUGACUUACGAAUAAGAAGUGUGUAAUGUACAUAAAUUGAAGAUAACGUCCAAAGAAAAACAAAAAUAAAAAAUUUACAAAUUAUA